GAGUAGUGGCACACCUGGUGUUGGGAAAAUUUGGGGGCUACAGCUGUGGCGUCCGUGGGUCCGUCGGUCCGUCGUGUUUGUCCGACUUGUCCCUCGUUGUCUCGCCAAGCAUCACACCAGCGUCGUAGCACCACUGGUGUUGCGAUGCAAGUCACGUGAUACUGGAGGUCGGCAUUAGUAAACAUUCUACCUUUUUCAAAAUAUCGCUGCAUCGAGCUGGAGUGUGAUGUCAACGCCGUUGCAAGCGUGAAUCGAGUGGCCAAGCGCUGUACCUCGCCUCCCCCGGCCACUUCGGCGAACCCGUGGUGUUCCUCAUUAACCUCAUCCUUCACUUCCGUCAACAAGCUGAGCGGCUGUCAUGGCAGUGCUGGCGUGCCAGUGUCUCAACUGGAGCGUGCACUGCCAGGAGUCCCGCGUGGAGGCGUGCGACCCCAGACACCUGGACCUGUCCGAGGAGGAGCGGAUGGACCGCUUCUUCGCCUCCGCCGUGGCCAGGGUCAAGCUGGGCAUCGGAGGCAUCUCGCAGAAGCACCCGUUCCUGAGCACCGUGCGCCACGUCGGCCAGUGGUCGGUCCACUCCUGCCGGGGUUGCCGGCAGGACGUCUACGCUGAGGCCUCCGGGAGAAUGCUGCUCCAUGCGGGUCUCGAGAGCGGCCAGGAAAGGAUGGACACACUGCGAGCUCUGGAGCGCUACUCGCCCUGCUUCAAGAUUGUGCUGCCGCAGCCUGGAGACGACGACGACAACAGCAGAGGUGUCUCGGGUGCCAGGCUGCAGGUGGAAGAUUCGAAGCUGGAUGCCAACCUGAAGGUGGUUCAGGAGAUUGCAAACAGGUUCGUGCGUCAAGAGAUGGAGGCCAUGGAAGCUCGUAUCAGGCACUUCCAAGAGCAGCAGUCCCGCACUCUGGAGCAACUCAAGGCUCGCACGGCCGUGGACCGCGAUGCGCUCUGCGAGCUCCUCACGCAGGCGAGCAGACGCGAGUUGAAGAAUACUCUGGCCGAGGCGCUGGACGAAGAGGUCACUCAGAGGAUCCCGACUGUGCGAAGCAACGCCGUCGCCACGACCCAGAACAGAGGCGGCCUCCCCAAGACGACAGACAAUAACCGGGACGCCGGAAUUACCUUCCAGAAGGGCACAGCACGGAGGCAAGGCGUCCGACGUCCGGCCAGGCCGGGUCCGCAACUGCUCCUCAGCCAGAGCGUGGACACCGGCCAAAUCUUUCACUUGGAUGGCUUCGAAGACGACGACAACUCUGCCCCAUUUCCUCCCGCAUCUUCCGAAGAGGAAUUGGACACGGAUGAUAGCAGCAUGGCCGACGAGUACCAACCAGCGGGACAGACGCAGUGUGCCUACUCCCUGCCCGUGGACAUGCCGACCUGGAGGACGCCCAGAGACUCCCAGAACGACCUGGACGAGUUGGUUGGGGCCGUGGACCACGAGAAGAUUGGGGAAGACAUCGAGGCCCUGGCCAGGAGCGUCUGCGACGGCACCGAGAUGUUUGGCGACCUGCCCAGGCCCCGACUCAACGCCGGAGACCACAGGAGCCGGCCUCUCUGAUUGGACGUCUCCUCCCCUCAAAGGCGGACGUGUGGCUCCGCGUCCGACACCAGGCAAAACUUAAGCCUAGUCAGCGGAUAGCCUCGCAAGUAUCUCGGAAAGCAGCUGCAAUAAAGAAUGCACUUUAUAGCCA